CAGGAGUUCAAGAAAUCUCUCACAACGAUUUAGCAAUUCGGUCUUGAACAGACGGCUCCGAAUUCCAGUAGUUGUUUGAUCUCGUCAUCUUGGCUAUCAGUUCGGCUGAAUAGCGAGCAGAAAAUGUUUGGCUCAUCGUCUUACUACAACUCGAAUCCGACGCCAACAUUCCCUCGAUCACAAUCGCAACUCGCUUCAUCCUCGGUGGCGGUCUACAACCAGCAGCCAGCUACUUCCAGUAACAGCCUUAUUCAGGGCGUUGCACCUGGUUCACAAUAUGCGGGCCAGAUGCAGAUGAGCAUGUCAGGUCGGGACCUUCAGGGGCAGCAACAGACGCAGAACCAGAUGCAAAGCAUCAAUGGCUUGGUCAAGGCGGACCCAUCGAACAUGGGUAGCACCACCUAUUUUCAACAACCGCAGAUUCAGUAUCGGCCACAGGAGGUUGCGCAACAAUCAGUGCAGGCCCCGCCUCAAGGCACAAGCUCUGCGCAGCAAUCUAGCCCUUUGGAAGGAGAUCCAGCUCUCUUCGUUCCUCUCAAAACUGCAAGAGAUGCAGUGGAGAACAUGAUGAUCAACGACGAAUCGCUCUUCGGCAACGGACUUGACGAUCAUCUCGGUGCUGGAAGUAUGGGUAUGGGAGGGUUGGCUAGACCCUCGCUAAGCAAUCUAUAUACACACGCACAAGGUUCGCAUAUCGACUCGAAUAAUCUGGCGACUCCUUUCGUCCAGGUCAGCCAGAUGGGGCCCCCAAAUGGCGUUAUCGACAUGCUUCGUGGCAGGAACAGUAGUAAGAGCAAAGGUCAAGGGCUCUUGCUCGACAUUGGCAGGGCCUACUUCACGGCGAGCGGGACUUUGGUCUUGUGGGAUUAUACGAAAGAGGGAGACUCGGGUCUGGUUAGGAUUGAACACGAUGCCGGUAAUUCGGUUACCUGCGUUGGUGUAGUCAAGGCCGACCCAACCGUUUUCCAAAACCUCACCCAUCUUCUCGUCAUCGCCGGAAACGCCAGAACCAGUCUUCUUGGCUUGGCCUACGACCCUUUCACGCGAUCCAUCUCGCUCGUCGACAUGCUGCCCAACCAGUCGUUCCUCUCCGCCACAUCGCCUCCUAAUAUCGAGCUUCAACAGAUCGUUUGUACACCCAUCGGGUCCCGGGUGUUUCUCCUAGGAGGCGGCUGCUUGUGGGAGCUUGUCUACGAAGCCAAGAUUGAUAGCAAUCAAGGAUGGUUGGGCUUGAUCGGUUACGGCGGUGGAGUGAAAGAACCCGUGAUGAAGAACUGGUCGACGGGUCUUUCAGGCUGGACCAACUUCAUUCCAGUGGGCUCUAACAAGAAGGACAACCUUGUCCAGCUGGCUAUCGAUCACGAACGGGAAGUCAUCUAUGGUCUGACGAAAGACAACAAGAUCGAGAGAUGGUCCAUCGUCCGAAAGACAGCAUCUUCCGGAGGAAACACGAUCGUGCCCAAACAAGAAGGAGCCGUGUCACCCGUGGAUUUGGCUCGAAGACUUACAGAAGGGAGCAAGUUCUUUGACCAGCAGACAAAAAUUCUCAGCAUCGAUGUCAUCACCAAGAUGGAGUCUGAAGCAUGUCUGGUUCUUACGACUUCUAGUAACGCCCGAAUCUACAUGAAGGAUGGCGCUCAAUCAAGAGGGAUGGGAUACUCUUAUGGUCCAGGCGGCUUCCACGUUGCGCAUAUCCGUCUUCCCAUUGAGAGCGUUCCUGUCGCGCAGGGAUCUAGCCCUUUGAGCAUAACUUCCCAACCGAUAACGGAAAGUCGUUAUAUGCAUGGCGUCUACGUGACCGUCCAUCAUAAGUCGACCGAUUCUUGCUCACUCGUCUGGUAUGCUGCCGACCCGUUUGAGUGGGCUGAUCUGGCAGCCAAGCGUCAGCAAGGACAGAUGGUCGCGCAGGACAUACCCGGUCGAGGUACAGGAUUCCCUGAAUCUUUCGUCACCGCCGAUCUUCAGUCUUCAGUCUGUGCUAUCGCGGAGGAACCAGACUUUUGGUCCAGCGGAGACCGCGCGCUCAAACGGGUGGUCAAGGGGUCAAGCGGACCUGAGUUGAGUAUCAAGGAAACGCACGAAAUGGUCACCGAAGUUACGGUGUCUUCCAAACGAAGAUUCGUUGUGAUGACUCAGGGCGGUGCAGUGAUCACAUUCGAGAAGAAUCGACCGAUAGACGUUUUGGACUUCUUAUAUGCCAAUGGCCAUGGACGGACGGAGAUGAUGUUGGCCAUUCAACGACAACUCAGUUCGUCUGUCUCGCCCUUGCUCGCUAUCGACAUUGCCAUUGCCGCUCAGAACGGAUCUGCUGGUCAACACGGGAUCCGGACGCGAGACUACCUGCCGAACAAUGCCGCUCAGGGCGCUCUCGACCAUCUCGUCAAUUGGGCAAAUGAGCAACAAAAGCAAAAGACCUUGUACCACCAAUCCGCGAAUGCUGCUCAAUGGAAGCUUGACGCCGUGUACCUGCACCUGUCAAGAUCCCUGAGAACCUUCUGGAAUACCAAUGUUUUGUCAACCAACCCGUCAACACAAAUGGCUUCGAGUUCGCUGUCAAUCGGGAAAUUACAGGACCUGCAAAGUAGACUUGAAGACCUGCAAGCUUUGCUGAAAAGCCGAACGAACAUUUUCAGUUCCAUCGACCCAACUUUCGUGCCAAAUUCGGGUGCGACCAAUCCUAAUGCGGAUAGCUUCCAUCCGGUCAGGGUCUUAAUCGCACAGACGAUCGAGGCUUUGGCUUUUGUGGUGUUGCUCAGCGAGGAAAGGUUCGAGACGGUCUUGGCCAGUUGCGACCCAUCUCUGCAACGUGAUCUCAGUGCGAUGAACUACUUCCAAUUGGUGGUCGAUCCUCGAGGGAGGGAUCUGGCUAAAAGACUCGUCACCAAUGUGGUGAAUCAACAGAUCAGCCGGGAACAGAGCAUCGAGACUAUUAGCAACAAGUUGCAAGAGCGAUGUCCAUCGUACUGUAGCCGAGCCGAUGUCGAUCUUUACAAGGCCAUGGAGAGUUUGCGAAAAGCAAAGGAGGUCCGACAGGGAGUGGAACGCCAGGCGCACUUGGAGUCAGCGCUCGAUAACUUCAUGAAGGCCUGUCCAGGGCUUAGCGAAGAAAAGCUCAACGAAGUCGUUUCCGAUUUUUGUUCAUUGGGAUAUCCAGCUGGUUGCAUACAAUUGCCUAUUGAGAAGGCGGAACGGGCCGAUCCCGAUCAUCUAGCCUUUACCUACUAUCUGGAUGGACGCAAGGACGAUGAUGGUCGAAAAGGCAACUACGAGCAGCGUCUCAAAUUCUACUUGCUGGCACUUUCAGCUGUAGAGAAGUUCGACAACGAUGCAGCCCAGCAAGGUCCAGGAAGUGAAGCGAGUAGCACAAGAGAUCUCGCUUACGACUAUGCGCUCAACACUGGCGAUGACCUGUUUUUGAUGACUCUGUAUCAGUGGAUGGUACAGAAAGGCAAAUCAGAUCAGCUGCUGGAGCUCGAGAACGACGCCAAGGUAGAAGCUUACCUGCGUUACCGAGGCUUGACAAGCGGUGAACCAAGUCUGCUGUGGAGGUUCUACGCCCGUCGAAAUCGACACUUCCGGGCAGCGCAAGCACUUAGGGAGCUCGCCGAAGCACGGAUCGAACUUCCGAUGGCUCAGCGGGUCGAAUGCCUCGCGCUCGCUUCAAUGCACGCCAAGUCAUCGACAAUGCAGGACUCUGAAAGGGCUCCAGUAGACUUUGUCACGGAGCUGGAGGAGACGAAUGACGUUGCAAACAUCCAACUCGAGAUUUGGGAAGCCAUUGCAAAUGACCCGGACGUCACGGAAGAGGCUGCUAGUAAAGCCGAGCAAUUGCAAGGUCGCAUGAUCCCGAUCAGCGAGCUUUUCACAGACUUUGCCGAACCUCUUGGGCUGUACGAAUCCCAGUUGACCAUACUGCAUGCGUCCGAUCACCGGGAUGCACAACUAGUUGCAGAUAUCUGGAAUGCCUUGCUACUCAAAGCCGAUCAUGAAGCAGAAGAUCUGAGCCCGAGCCAGCGGUAUCGGCCGUUCCAAGACCUUGUUGUACGGCUGGGCAAGCGUUUCUAUCCUUCGCACGCCGCUUUCCCAACAGGCGUGAUCGCUCAAUCUUACUAUGAACGAGGUUAUGACAUGAAGGACUCACCUUCGGGUUGGGUGACGCGUACCCUCAUCGAAGCUGGCGUCGCACAUCGCGAGAUCUGGGACACUCUGGGCUAUCUCGCUCAAGAUCAGCCGCCCUUCGACGACACAGAAGGCAAGCGAUACUUGGACAGCGAGAUUGCUGUACUCUUGCCGAGCUGGAUCGAGGCUGCCACUGUCGGACGGGACCAACCAUUCUUCCCGGGAGUGAGUCUCGAUCGACGGGAUUCCCAUUCGUGUUCGCCUCUUGACACGUGUGACUAAUCUAGAAUCGUCCGUUGCAGGUCACCGACUAUCUUGCCGUCCGUUCCAAGAGUCGUGACGUCGAACAAGACAUCCGGAACGUGUUUGAGCGGGGAAGCCGGCAGAUCUUCGAUUUGCUUCGGACUACAAGAACCCAUUGAGCGAUGCAAUCUCCUUAUUUGUCAUGUAUUUGCGACUCGCCUGACUGGUAUACAAUCAAUGCGAGA